UAUGAACAGGUUAAGAAGCAAAGCGAGGAAGCAGCCUGGCUGCUUAAACUGUGGGGAUACCUGGACCAUGGCGAGCUCUGGUACGGCCUGGUCGCAAAUGCAACAAGACUGCCUGAAGGAAUAAAUACUCCUGUAUGGCUACUAAGUAUUGCGGAAGACGAGCUGGAGUAUGCUGAUGCAGUUCGCAUUCUAUCGCGCUACUCACUUGUGGAUAGAAGAGAAGAUACUAACACUCAUUCAAUGCACUCGGUACUGCAUCAAUGGUGUGGGCAGCUGGCAGAAGGCAAGGAGCAGCAGCGGGCCCUUGGCCGGAUAGCGGUAGAAAUAGUGGCGUCACAUGUACCAUCGGAAGACGAGCAGGAUUUCUACAGAAAGCGGAAGCGACUGUUACAGCAUGCUAUAGGCGUUAGUAGGUGGCUAAUAAAGACAAACCUUGUCGAAGAAGAAGAGACAGGCGUAGGCAUGAUACAAGGGCCGACAUAUUACAAUCUAGGCUAUCUUCUUGCAGAAGAAGACCGACAAAAAGCAGAGAAGAUGUACCAGCGAGCGCUGCAGGGCUACGAGAAGGCAUGGGGACCA